AUGGCUAACGAGUGGCUGUUAUGGCUGACCCUGUCAGCCAUCGGAGCUGCUUGGCACAGUGGAGUGAGUCCCAUCCAUAACGGCCAGGUUUGCAGCACGUGGGGAGACUUCCACUUCAAGACUUUUGAUGGAGAUGUUUUUCAGUUGCACUCCACUUGCAACUACAUCCUGACCUCUUCAUGCAGGAGCACAUACAAUGACUUCAACAUCCAGAUAAGAAGACAGGAGGCUGGCGGCCAUCACACCAUCAAGGACAUCAUCAUGAAGCUGGAGGGUUCAGUAGUGGAGCUCUCCGAAGGCUCAGUGCUUGUUGAUGGCAAAUCAGCCAUUCUACCAUUCAGUCGAGGAGGAGUGCUCAUCGAGAAAACUCCUACUUACAUCAAAGUCAAAGCAAAGCUGGGAUUAGUUGCUAUCUGGAAUGAGGAGGACUCUUUUAUGGUGGAACUAGACCUGAAGUACAAGAACCAAACCUGUGGUCUUUGUGGAGACUUUAAUGGGGUCCAGGGCCACAAUGAGUUCUACAGCCAUGGUGUGAAAUUAUCCCCUGUGGAUUUUGCCAACUUCUGGAAAAUGGAUGGUCCAACGGAAAGUUGCUCUGACUACACUCUGGAGACAACAAAAGGCUGCAACGACAUGAAACCUCUGUGUGAGCAGAUCCUUACAGGGCCAGCUUUCAGCAGCUGCCACAGUCUGCUGGAUGUUGCCUCCUUCACCGCUGCCUGUGUUGCUGACCUCUGUAGCUGUGGUAGUGCCAUAGAAGUAGACCCCUUCUGCUUAUGCACCACUGUUUCAGAGUUCUCCAGACAGUGUAGCCAUGCAGGUGGUCAACCUCAAAACUGGAGAACCAAAGAGCUCUGCUGGAAGUCAUGUCCCAACAAAAUGGAGUACAUGGAGUGUGGGAGUCCCUGUGCUGAUACCUGCUCCAACCCAGAGGCCAGGCACACCUGUGACCACCACUGUAUCGAUGGAUGCUUCUGCCCUGCAGGCACGGUGCUGGAUGAUAUCAAUGGAAAGGGUUGUGUCCCUCUGAACGAGUGCUACUGCAGCUACAACAACAACAGCUAUGGACCUGGACAGUCCUACUCCAGCAACUGCAAAACAUGCGUGUGUGAGAGUGGCCAGUGGAAGUGUACGGAGGAGAACUGUCCAGGAAGCUGCUCUGUGCAGGGAGGAGCUCACAUCAACACCUUUGAUGGAAAAGUGUACACUUUCCAUGGGGACUGCUCCUACGUCCUGGCUAAGGACUGCAGCGGAACCCAGUUUGUGGUACAGGGUGAACUGGAGCAGUGUGGACUGACUGAGAGUGAAACCUGCCUCAAAUCCAUCACCUUGGGUUUGUCUGGAGGGGUUAAUGUGUUCACCAUCCAGCCCAAUGGCAAGGUGUUUGUGAAUGGCAUCUACGCUCAGUUACCCUUCUCUGCUGCUGGGAUCUCCGCCUUCAGAGCGUCCUCUUUCUACCUGCUGGUGCAGACAUCUGUUGGUGUCCUGUUGGAGAUACAGCUCCAGCCAGUCAUGCAGCUCUACAUCACAGUGACCAGUGACUACCAGGGCAAAACUUGUGGUCUGUGUGGGAACUUCAACAGCAACCAGGCUGAUGACUUUCUUAAGCUCAGUGGUGUUCCAGAUGCCACAGCUGCUGGUUUUGUCAACAGCUGGAAGACACAUGCUGCUUGUCCCGAUGUGAAAAGCAACUUUGAGAACCCCUGCAGUCUUAGCCUGGACAAUGAGAGGUAUGCCCAGCACUGGUGCUCCAUGCUGAGUGACCCUCAGGGAGUGUUUGCCUCCUGUCACUCAGAGAUCAGCCCCAUCUCAUACAAAGAGAACUGCAUGUAUGACAGCUGUAACUGUGAGAAAAGUGAAGAGUGCAUGUGUGCUGCUGUCUCCUCAUAUGUCCAUGCCUGUGCAGCUGCAGGAAUCCACAUCAGCGGCUGGAGGAAGGCCAUCUGUGGGAAAUAUGCCUCCUGCCCCAGCAGCAUGGUCUACUCAUACAACAUUACAUCCAGCAGUCACACCUGCCGAUGCAUCAGCUCCUCAGACCUCACCUGCCACUCCUCCUUCCCGCCAAUCGAUGGCUGCGUGUGUGCACAGGGAACCUAUCUGGAUGACACUGGGAAGUGUGUCCCAUCUACGGCUUGUCCCUGUUAUGACAAAGGCUCAGUGGUGCCUCCUGGACAGGUCGUCAACAAGGAAGGAGUCAUGUGCACCUGUAAGGAGGGCAAACUCAACUGCAUUGGAGAGUUUAUUAUGCAGCCAUCAGCCUGUGCUCUUCCCAUGGUGUUCUUCAACUGCUCUAAUAAUGGUCCAGCUGCAAAAGGAACAGAGUGUGAGAAGAGCUGCAGCACAUUAGACAUGGCCUGUAUGACUACAGGGUGUGUCUCUGGCUGUAUGUGUCCAUCUGGGAUGGUGUCUGAUGGUAAAGGAGGCUGCAUGAAGCCUGAGGCCUGCUCCUGUGUUCACAACGGCAUCUCCUACCAGCCUGGAGAGACCACCAAGGUGAACUGCAACACCUGCACUUGUAAAGACAGGAAGUGGCAGUGUACUACCGACCAGUGUGAUAGAACCUGCUCUGUGUAUGGUGCUGGACACUACAUGACUUUUGAUGAGAAGCGCUUCACCUUUGCUGGCAGCUGUGAAUACAUUCUGGUUCAGGACUACUGUGGCAUCAAUCAAAGUAAUGGCACCUUCAGAGUGGUCACUGAGAAUGUCCCAUGUGGAACCACAGGAACAACCUGCUCCAAGACCAUCAAGAUCUUCCUGGGGGGUACAGAACUGAUUCUAACAGAUGGAAGCUCCCAGCUCCUUUCAAGUGGGAAUAAUGAAGAGGCAGCUCAGUUCAGUUACAGCACAAUGGGCAUCUACCUGGUGAUUGAAGCCAAGAAUGGACUUAUUCUCAUGUGGGACAGGAAGACCAGCUUGUUCAUCAAGCUCAGCUCAAAAUACAAGGGUCGUGUGUGUGGGCUGUGUGGCAACUAUGACUUCAUUGCAAAUAAUGACUUCACCACAAGGGGCCAUGCUGUGGUUGUCAACCCACUGGUGUUUGGCAACAGCUGGAAGGAUUUACCAAGCUGCCCCGACGCUCAUAGCAUCAGCAGCCCCUGCACAGCCAAUCCAUACAGACAGGCUUGGGCCCAGAAGCAGUGCAGCAUUAUACAGAGUGAUGUCUUCUCUACCUGCCACUCCACUGUGGAUCCUACUCCAUACUAUGAAGCAUGUGUGUUUGACUCUUGUGCUUGUGACACUGGUGGAGACUGCGAGUGUUUCUGCACUGCUGUGGCUGCUUAUGCUGAAUCCUGUAAUCAAGCUGGCAUCUGUGUAAACUGGAGAACCCCAAAGAUAUGUCCUCUCUUCUGUGAUUACUACAACCCCCCUGGUGAAUGUGAAUGGCACUACAUGCCAUGUGGAUCUCCUUGUAUGAAAACCUGCAGAAACCCCUCAGGCAGCUGUUCUACACAGAUGCCUCCUCUCGAAGGUUGCUAUCCAAAAUGUCCUCCUGCUCAGCCCUACUUUGAUGAGGAUACAAUGACAUGUGUUCUAAAAGAACAAUGUGGCUGCUUCGAUAAAGAGGGAAGACACUACAAUAAUGGGGAAAAAGUGCCAACAACUGAAAACUGUCUUACAUGUACAUGCAGUUUACUGGCCAUCCAAUGCCAUUAUGAUGCCCAGGCCUGCACUUGCACAUAUAAAGGAAAGAAAUACCCCCCUGGCAGUACCAUUUAUAACACAACAGAUGGACAUGAUAACUGCAUCACAGCAGUGUGUGGGAAGAAUGGUACUGUUGACAAGAGGUCAUAUCCAUGCCCAUGCAUGCUCAACGAAGCUGCCUCCUUCUACAGCACUUCCAAGCUCAACCACUAA